GCGCUCUCUGUGCUGGGUCUCCGGGCAUCGCCGCGUCCUCGCGAGCCGCCGCAGCUGCAGCAGGAGAAGCAGGAGCGGCAGGAGCGGCAUUGUCCGGCGGGACGCCAUGGCUGCGGGGGCGCCUGGCCAGGUGAUGUUUGAGGACGUGGCGGUGUACUUCUCGACAGCAGAGUGGGCAAGACUGGCAGAAUGGGAGCGGGAGCUGUAUCGGGCCGUGAUGGUGGAGAACUACGAGGCUGUGGCUUCUCUGGGGAACCUGUCCAUCAAACCUGAAGUCAUCUGUAAGAUAGAGCGAGAGGAAGACCCCUGCAUAGAAGAGCCCCUGGAACCCCCGAGAUGGAAGAGACCCCAGAGCCCCUGGUGGGGAGAUGAGAUCCGGAUAGUGGAUGAGGAAGAAGGGGCAGGGGUCGUCCUACAAAUCCCAACCCGGCGCAGGAGGAAGAAGAGGAAGCCCUUGACGGGAGUGGAGAAGCCGGUGACCCGGGCGGCAAACGCCAAGAAGGAGGCUGAGCCUCUCCCCCGGGUGACGCUGAAGAUGAACCCCCCCAAGUGCCCGGAGUGCGGCAAGAGUUUCCUCAGCAAUGUGGCCAUGACCAUCCACAUCCGGACCCACACGGGGGAGCGCCCCUUCAAGUGCCACCUGUGCCCCAAGGCCUUCCCCUCCCAGGGGGACCUCAAACGCCACAUCAAGACACACCUGCGCAAGAAGGACGCCCCCGGCGCCAGCUGCCCCCCCAAGGGGAAGAAGUGCCUCACUGCCAAACUGCAGCUCCUGCGCCAGCUGGGGGUCCCCCCCGGGCCCCGCAAGCCCCACACCUGCCCCCAGUGCGGGAAGAGCUUCAGCAAGAAGCAGGACCUCCGCAAGCACCAGGGGACCCACUCGGCCGAGCGGCCCUUCCCCUGCCCCGAGUGCGGGCGCCGUUUCCGGCUGAAGCAGAUCCUGGCGGCCCACAUGAAGGUCCACGUCGGGGAGAGGCCCUUCGCCUGUGCGCAGUGCGGCAAGCGCUUCCGGCAGAAGCACCACGUGGAGAGCCACCAGCGCGUCCACACGGGCGAGAAGCCCUUCGCCUGCACCACCUGCGGCAAGCGCUACGCCCAGAAGCAGCCGCUCAUCAGCCACCUGCGGGUCCACACGGGUGAGCGGCCCUACCUGUGCGGCGAGUGCGGGAAGUCCUUCCGGAACCAGGCCACCCUGACUAUCCACUACCGCAUGCACACCGGUGAGCGGCCCUACCGCUGCCUCCUCUGCGGCAAGACCUGCAGCCAGCUGCAGCACCUCAAGAGCCACCAGCGCGUCCACCGCGGGGAGCAGCACCUUCUGCAGGCCGGGGACACCAAGGCCCUGGCGCAGAAGAGAGCCCGGGAGAUGGCCGAGAAGCCCUUCCCCUGCCCCAGGUGCGAGAAGCGCUUCCGAGAUGAGAAGAUCAUGGAGGUCCACUUGAAAACCCACGAGGACAAGAGGCUGCCAAAAUCCGGUGCCUCGGCAGCUCUCGCGGUUCUGGGCCAAAAUACACUUCCUUCGGCCCAGCCGCACGUGGCCCAGCCGGAGGCCAAGUCUGUUAGCGGAGGGACAGGGGCGAGGAAGAAGCCUUCUGCUGUGGCGCACCGAGGUGCUGGCCCUGGGAGGAAGUCCGUUGCGUGCAGCGACUGCGGCCGGAAGUUCACACAGGCCAAAUAUCUCACCCUGCAUCGGAGGAGCCACACCUGAGAGGAGCUGCUGUUCUUGGUAGGGAGAAUCUCGUGCCUGGCUUUGGAGCUGAGCAGCCUCUGUGGCUGAGAGGAACUUGGCUGGUGACCCUCUUCUGUAACAGAAAACUUCUUGGAAAAGAGCCUUUGAGCCACACCUCGUAGAUAGCUAGCUAGAUGGAUAGACUGACAUCUGUCCCAAGAGCAACUUUCCCCCCCUCUCUCGUCCCCCCCCCUUUUUAAAAAAGUCCACAUUGAGGAAGAUUCCUGUGCAACUUGAAAGCUUGCAUCCUGCAUAAUUGUGCUCUACAGGAGGGUCUUGUUUUGCUGAGGCUGCUGUUUCUAAUUUCAUGGAGCCAUCCUCUGCUGAACUCUGGCUCUUGCAGGGUGCUUGCCCUCCAGGCUGCCGUCCUUCCAUUGCCUGCUGCAGAGCCCACCCGGCAGACGUCCUCUUGCCAAACACGGCCCCGUUUCUUCAGCCUCUCAGAGGGAGCCCUGCUGAGCCAAGGACUUUGCAUUGAAGACAGACUGCAGGGCGGAGCCCCUGCCCAGGGGUGAGGGGGCACUGCUUUCCCCUGAGGGGUGAGCCCACGCUUGAGGUGACCGUUGGCUCCAUCAGCUCAAGGUCCGAGCUCUUUGUAGGAUCUCUGAGCAGAGACUGGUCCCAGUUUGCAAAUGGCCGCAGUGCAUCGUGGCUUCUGGGAGAGGGGGGGGGGGCCUCUGUGAGUUGGAAGAGAGCAGCUGGUUUAUUUAAUCACUUUUCCAACCCGUCAGUGAAUCGACCGCUUGUGUGUGUGUGUGGGGGGGACACAAUUGUAAAUUUUUGUGCAUUCAAGAAUCUUGUGGACGUUUAUUGUA